AUGACACAAACUAAUGCUGGUGGAUCAGCUAAAGAUGCAGCCGAUCAAAAUUUUGAUUAUAUGUUUAAAUUACUUAUUAUUGGAAAUUCAUCUGUAGGAAAAACAUCAUUUCUGUUUCGAUAUGCAGAUGAUUCAUUCACAUCAGCAUUUGUUAGUACUGUUGGAAUUGAUUUUAAGGUUAAAACUGUAUUUCGUCAUGAUAAACGUGUUAAAUUACAAAUAUGGGAUACAGCUGGUCAAGAACGUUAUCGAACAAUAACAACUGCUUAUUAUCGUGGUGCGAUGGGUUUUAUUUUAAUGUAUGAUAUAACAAAUGAAGAAUCAUUUAAUGCUGUACAAGACUGGGUUCUACAGAUAAAGACACAUUCAUGGGAAAAAACCCCGGUUAUAUUGGCUGGUAAUAAAUGUGAUAUGGCAAACGAGAGAGUUGUUCAGUCGAUAGAAGGAAAAAAACUUGCCGAAGAUCUCGGUUUGGAAUUUUUUGAAACUUCAGCAAAAGAAAAUAUUAAUGUUAAAGCUGUUUUUGAAAGAUUGGUCGAUAUAAUAUUAGAAAAAAUGUCUGAUGCACCUGAAGAUCCAAGUGGUAAUAACACUGGACAAGCAAAUGCUGGUUAUGGUAGUCAACCAGGUGGAUAUAAUAAAGGAGGAACGACAAGACUUACAGUUAAUGAUCAACAAGCUAAAGGCAAUCAAUGUCAAUGUUAA